CUCGGGCUCUGCCGGGAGAGUUCUGUUCUCCUACCGCCGUUCUCAGGAAACACGACUGUUUCGAUGUUCUGAACGCUCUCGGCUGUCCAGUUGUGCCCUUUUAUACAGAUAGGCUGCCGGGAUGCUGAAGUUCAAGCACAGUGCACGCACCACGGCUGAUACGGGUCCUAUGGAGCCCAUUGCCAGCCGUGCCUCUCGCCUCAAUCUGCUCUUUCAGGGGAAGCCACUCUUUGUGACUCAACAGCAGAUGUCUCCUCUCUCCCGGGAAGGCAUCCUCGACUCUUUAUUCGCUCUUUUUGAAGAAUGUAGAAACCCUGCUUUAAUGAAAAUCAAACACGUUGGCAACUUUGUCAAGAAGUAUGCAGAGACUAUAGCUGAAUUAAGGGAACUCCAACCCAGCGUGAAGGAUUUUGACGUAAAGAGCGUGGUUGGCUGUGGUCACUUUGCAGAUGUAAAAGUAGUAAGGGAGAAAAUUACUGGUGAUGUGUAUGCUAUGAAGGUGAUGAGCAAGGAGUCUUUGUUGGCACAGGAGCACGUGUCAUUUUUUGAGGAAGAACGCAGUAUAUUAUCUCAGAGUACCAGUCCAUGGAUUCCACAGUUACAAUAUGCAUUUCAAGACAAGAAAUAUCUUUACUUGGUUAUGGAGUACCAGCCUGGAGGGGACUUGCUGUCACUCUUAAACCGGUAUGAGGACCAAUUAGAUGAGAGCAUGGUGCAGUUUUAUCUUGCAGAGCUGGUUCUAGCCAUUCACAGUGUCCAUCAGAUGGGUUAUGUACACCGAGAUAUCAAACCAGAGAACGUUCUUAUUGACCGGACAGGACACAUUAAACUGGUAGACUUUGGGUCAGCUGCCAAAAUGACAGUAAACAAAAUGGUAAAUGCCAAGCUGCCUGUUGGCACACCUGACUACAUGGCACCAGAAAUGUUAACAGGAUUGAAUGGGGAUGGCAAAGCUUCUUAUGGUCCAGAGUGUGACUGGUGGUCCUUAGGAGUCAUUGCGUAUGAAAUGAUUUAUGGAAGAUCUCCAUUCACUGAAGGAACUUCAGCAAAAACUUUUAAUAACAUCAUGAAUUUCCAGAGAUACCUGAAGUUCCCAGAGGAUGUGAAAGUUAGCAGUGAAUUUCUUGAUCUGAUCCAGAGCUUGCUUUGUGGGCAAAAGGAAAGGCUGGGUUACGAGGGACUUUGCUGCCAUCCGUUCUUUUCUAAAAUUGACUGGAAUAAUAUCCGUAACUCUCCUCCCCCCUUCGUUCCUACUCUCAAGUCUGAUGAUGACACCUCAAAUUUUGAUGAACCAGAGAAGAAUUCGGGGGUUUUAUCCUCUACACGGCAGUUGAACCCGGCAGGUUUCUCGGGUGAAGAUUUGCCUUUUGUAGGGUUUUCAUUCAUCAAGGCAUUGGGGACCCUCAGAUCAGAAUCCGUGCUUUCAAGUGUGGAUUCUCCAGCAAAGGUCAGCUCCAUGGAAAAGAAACUUCUUCUCAAGAGCAAAGAACUCCAAGACGCCCAGGACAAGUGUCACAAGAUGGAGCAGGAAAUGACGCGGUUGCACCGGAGAGUGUCAGAGGUGGAGGCUGUACUUAGCCAAAAGGAGGUGGAACUGAAAGCCUCUGAGACCCAGCGAUCCCUCCUGGAGCAGGACCUGGCCACCUAUAUCACAGAAUGCAGUAGCUUAAAGCGAAGCCUGGAGCAGGCACGGAUGGAGGUGUCUCAGGAAGAUGAUAAGGCACUACAGCUACUUCAUGAUAUCAGAGAGCAGAGCCGAAAACUGCAAGAGAUCAAAGAACAGGAAUAUCAAGCUCAAGUAGAAGAAAUGAGGUUGAUGAUGAAUCAGUUGGAAGAGGAUCUUAUUUCAGCUCGCAGGCGUAGUGAUCUUUACGAAUCGGAGUUGAGAGAGUCCCGAAUGGCUGCCGAAGAAUUUAAACGUAAAGCUACUGAAUGUCACAACAAAUUGCAAAAGGUUAAAGAUCAAGGAAAAAGCGAAGCAGGAGAAUUGUAUUGCAAAUUAGAGAAGAUCAAUACAGAGCAGCAAGCCAAAAUCCAGGAGCUGCAGGAAAAGCUGACAAAGGCUGUGAAGGCUAGCUCAGAGGCAACUGAACUGCUUCAGAAUAUCCGUCAAGCUAAGGAGAGAGCUGAGAAGGAGUUAGAGAAACUUCAAAAUCGGGAAGAUUCUAAUGAAAGCAUGAAGAAGAAAUUGCUUGAAGCAGAGGAACGGCGCCAUUCUCUGGAGAAUCAAGUGAAGAGAUUAGAGACUGUGGAACGAAGAGAAAACCGUCUAAAGGAAGAUAUUCAGACUAAAUCUCAGCAGAUUCAACAGAUGGCAGAAAAAAUUCUGGAGCUGGAAGAAAAGCAUCGAGAGGCUCAGAUCUCAGCACAACAUCUGGAGUUGCAGCUGAAACAGAAGGAACAAUUCUAUGAGGAGAAACUCAAAGUUUUGGAAAACCAGAUGAAGAAAGAUCUUGCUGAUAAGGAAGCACUUGAGAAUAUGCUCAGAAGACAUGAAGAAGAAGCGCGUGAGAAAUGUAAAGUCCUGGCUGAGCAGAAAGCGAUGAUCAAUGCAAUGGAUUCGAAGAUUAGGUCACUGGAGCAGAGAAUAGUGGAAUUAUCUGAGGCCAAUAAACUGGCUGCAAAUAGCAGCCUUUUUACCCAGAGGAACAUGAAAGCCCAAGAGGAGAUGAUUUCAGAGCUCAGACAACAGAAGUUCUACUUGGAAACCCAAGCUGGAAAGUUAGAGGCCCAGAAUCGAAAAUUAGAGGAACAAUUGGAAAAGAUGAGUCACCAAGAUCACACUGACAAGAACCGCCUGCUGGAGUUGGAGACUAGGCUGCGAGAGGUUGGUCUAGAGCACGAAGAACAGAAGCUGGAACUCAAAAGGCAGUUGACAGAAUUGCAGCUGACUCUCCAGGAGCGGGAAUCUCAAAUUACUGGGCUGCAGGCUGCACGGACAGCCCUGGAGAAUCAGCUCCGUGAGGCCAAAACUGAACUAGAGGAGACCACAGCUGAGGCAGAGGAAGAGAUUCAAGCUCUCACGGCACAUAGAGAUGAAAUCCAGCGUAAAUUUGAAGCCCUUCGUAAUAGCUGCACAGUGAUUACAGAUUUGGAAGAACAGCUGAACCAGCUCAGUGAAGACAACGCAGAACUGAACAAUCAGAAUUUCUUCCUGUCCAAACAACUUGAUGAGGCCUCAGGGGCCAGUGAUGAGGUUGUCCAGUUGCGAAGUGAAGUUGAUCAUCUCCGUCGUGAGAUCACUGAGAGAGAGAUGCAGCUUACCAGUCAGAAACAAACUAUGGAGGCCUUGAAGACAACAUGUACAAUGCUGGAAGAGCAAGUAAUGGACUUGGAGGCCCUGAACGAUGAACUCUUGGAGAAAGAGCGUCAGUGGGAAGCAUGGAGAAAUGUUCUAGGGGAUGAGAAGUCUCAGUUUGAAUGUCGUGUCAGAGAGUUGCAGAGGAUGCUGGAUACUGAGAAACAGAGCAGAGUGAGAGCAGAUCAGCGUAUUACUGAAUCUCGCCAGGUGGUAGAACUAGCUGUAAAAGAACACAAGGCAGAGAUUCUAGCCCUCCAGCAAGCACUAAAAGAACAAAAACUCAAAGCUGAGAGCCUUUCUGAUAAGCUCAAUGACCUGGAGAAGAAGCAUGCUAUGUUGGAGAUGAAUGCACGCAGUUUACAACAGAAGCUUGAGACAGAAAGGGAGCUCAAGCAGAGGCUUCUGGAGGAGCAGGCAAAGCUGCAGCAACAAAUGGAUCUGCAGAAGAACCACAUCUUCCGCUUAACUCAAGGUCUGCAGGAGGCUCUAGAUCGAGCAGAUCUUCUGAAGACUGAAAGAAGUGAUCUGGAAUAUCAGCUGGAAAACAUUCAGGUUCUCUAUUCCCAUGAAAAAGUGAAAAUGGAGGGCACUAUUUCUCAGCAAACCAAACUCAUUGAUUUCCUGCAAGCAAAGAUGGACCAACCAGCAAAAAGAAAAAGGUGGGGCCUGUUUAGUCGGCGGAAAGAGGACCCUUCUUUACCCACACAGGUUCCCCUGCAAUACAAUGAGCUGAAAGUGGCACUGGAGAAGGAGAAAGCUCGUUCUGCUGAGCUGGAGGAGGCUCUACAGAAAACACGCAUUGAGCUCAGAUCUGCUCGUGAGGAAGCUGCUCAUCGGAAAAUAUCAGACCACCCUCAUCCAUCCACUCCAGCCACAGCCAGGCAGCAGAUCAUCAUGUCUGCCAUAGUCCGCUCACCAGAGCAUCAGCCUACCCCAAUCAGUCUGCUAGCUCCACCCUCCAGUCGCAGGAAGGAAUCCUCCACACCAGAGGAGUACAGUCGGCGCCUGAAAGAGCGAAUGCAUCAUAAUAUCCCACAUCGUUUUAAUGUGGGGCUAAAUAUGAGAGCAACAAAAUGUGCAGUGUGUCUGGAUACUGUGCACUUUGGACGGCAGGCAUCUAAAUGUCUUGAAUGCCAAGUGAUGUGUCACCCAAAAUGCUCAACUUGCUUGCCAGCUACUUGUGGACUGCCAGCAGAAUAUGCCACGCAUUUCUCUGAAGCGUUCUGCCGGGAUAAAAUGAAUUCUCCUGGUCUGCAGCUGAAAGAGCCAAGCAGCAGUCUACGUCUUGAAGGGUGGAUGAAAGUGCCAAGGAAUAAUAAACGUGGGCAACAGGGCUGGGACAGGAAGUAUAUUGUCCUGGAAGGAACAAAAGUGCUCAUUUAUGAUGCAGAAGCAAGAGAAGCCGGACAGAGGCCUCUGGAGGAAUUUGAGCUCUGCCUUCCUGAUGGGGAUGUAACUGUUCAUGGAGCUGUAGGAGCUACUGAACUUUCCAAUACAGCAAAGACAGAUGUGCCAUAUAUCCUAAAAUUGGAGUCUCAUCCACACACCACUUGCUGGCCUGGUAGAACACUCUACCUGUUAGCACCCAGCUUCCCUGACAAACAGCGCUGGGUCACAGCACUGGAAUCAAUAGUGGCAGGUGGGAGAGUUUCCAGAGAAAAAGCUGAGGCUGAUGCUAAGUUGCUUGGGAACUCCCUGCUGAAGCUAGAGGGUGAGGACCGUUUGGAUAUAAAUUGCACAAUGCCCUUCAGUGACCAGGUUGUACUGGUGGGUGCAGAGGAAGGUCUCUAUGCCCUGAAUGUAUUAAAGAAUUCCUUAACGCACAUCCCAGGAGUGGGUGCUGUGUUCCAAAUUCACCUCAUCAAGGAUCUGGAGAAGCUACUCAUGAUAGCAGGAGAAGAAAGGGCUUUGUGUCUUGUUGAUGUAAAAAAGGUGAAGCAAUCUCUAGCCCAGUCUCACCUUCCAGCCCAGCCUGAUAUCUCACCAAACGUUUUUGAGGCUGUCAAAGGAUGUCAUCUUUUUGCUGCUGGCAAGGUUGAGAAUGGUCUUUGCAUCUGUGCAGCCAUGCCCAAUAAAGUGGUUGUUCUGCGAUACAAUGAGAGCUUGAGCAAGUUCUGUAUCAGAAAGGAGAUUGAAACCUCAGAGCCUUGCAGCUGUAUCCAUUUGACCACUUACAGCAUCAUUAUUGGAACCAACAAGUUCUAUGAAAUUGAGAUGAAGCAGUACACACUGGAGGAGUUCCUGGAUAAAAAUGACCACACUUUGGCCUCUGCUGUGUUUGCUGCAUCCACUAACAGUUUCCCAGUCAGCAUCAUCCAAGUGAACCCAACAGGGCAGAGGGAGGAGUAUCUGCUGUGUUUUCAUGAGUUUGGUGUCUUUGUGGAUUCCUAUGGAAGACGCAGUAGGACUGAUGACCUGAAAUGGAAUCGCUUACCCUUAGCUUUUGCCUAUAGGGAGCCUUAUCUGUUUGUGACCCACUUCAAUUCCCUUGAAGUGAUAGAGAUUCAGGCACGGGCUUCUCUAGGAACUCCUGCACGAGCCCACUUGGAGAUCCCAAAUCCACGGUAUCUGGGGCCUGCAAUUUCAUCUGGAGCUAUCUACUUGGCUUCCUCCUACCAAGAUAAAUUAAGGGUGAUUUGCUGUAAGGGCAAUCUGGUGAAGGAGACCAACAAUGAGCACCACAGAGGAUCUUCUGCUACACGCAGCAGCCCUAACAAGAGAGGUCCGCCCACAUACAACGAGCACAUAACCAAGCGGGUAGCGUCGAGCCCAGGACCACCUGAAGGUCCCAGCCACCCUCGAGAACCAAGCACACCCCAUCGGUACCGUGAGGGCAGGACAGAGCUGCGGAGGGACAAGUCACCUGGGCGACCACUGGAGAGGGAGAAAUCUCCAGGCCGGCUUUUGAGCACCCGCAGAGAAAGGUCCCCUGGAAGACUGUUUGAUGAAAGCAGCCGAGGACGAAUGCCUGUGAGUGGUGCCAGAACUCCUCUUGCUCAAGUCAACAAGGUCUGGGACCAGUCUUCAGUGUAAGUCUCAGCUAGACAAAGUUACUCACCUUGACCUGCAGGAAAAAAAAAAAGGAAAUAUACUGAGUUAUAUGCACUCCAUACGUCUGCUGCCCAGUUACCAAAACAGCAUUUCUGGGCCAAAGCUAGCUUCAUAUCAGGAGAUGUGAUGCUUUUGAAGAUUGUUCGCAUCUCAGUUAAUUUCUCUGCACUUUCCUGCACUCCUGUUUUUGCACUUUGUACUACUGUUACUCUUUCAAGCAGUUCAUGAACUUUUUGUAUUCACUAUAGUCCCUAGUACUUCAUCAAGGAAAUUAAAUGGGACUGGAGUCCCACCCCAGGUCUUCAAUGUGGUUAGCACCCCUUACCAGAUAAUUGAUCAUAGUUCUGAGAUGUGCUGGGAAUUCCUGAUGGCCUGGAACCAGAAAGGCCAAGGUGACCGAGUCUUUCAAAAGAAAGUGUGAUUGGAUAUUCUCUACAGAACACGCACACACAAAUUACUUUUGAUAAAUCUAUUCACCUGCCACUUUUGAGAGUUAUUUUGUUCUCACUAAAAUUGCUCUAGAGCAGCUCUGUUGGGGAGGGAAGAACCCUGCUUUAAAUGAGCCCGUGUGCCCUACUCCAAGACAAAGUGCAUUAUCUAUAAGCUACUGGGGUGUUAAGACUUUAUCCAGGUCUUCUGCAUGACAGUUCACUGCAUGCUGCUGCACCAUCACUGGCUGCUCUCUCCUUUUAGGUUGCUUUGCUGAGUAGUGUAUUGUACCUCACUUGUAAAUUAACUGAAACCUCUAGAUUACGCUGCAAAAUAACUGUUAAUUACUCUGGCAAUUUGGCGAAGAAGAGUUAACGAGCCUUAUUCUAUGACAAGAAUUACAGUCACACGUGUUCUCUCUGCAUCUCAGCUCAGAUCCCAAGAGGACCUUCCCCAGAGAGAAAAGCAGCACAGAGCUGGGCCCUCCCUGUGACCUGUAGCUUGUCAUACAAUAAGAGCCAACUGUCACUGCACAAGAGGAUACUCACAAUGAACAGCUUUAGCGGUUACUGACCACCUUGGCCUUUGCUUCUGCAUAUCUAACCUUGAGCCAUUUAUUGCUUUCUAUUCUCUUUUGCCGUGACCAUGAAGCAGAGAGCAAAUGAUUUUCAAAGCAGGUUUUGACCAUUCAGUCUGCGAUAGCGACAUCCUAAGUGAACAACCACGUUCUUUACAACUGGAAAGAGCAAAACUGCGUCCAAUCUUCCCUUGGCCAUCCUCUUAAACUUCUGCUAGUCCCUUGCAAGCCCGUGCUAACCUGUUCUAAAGAUCCGUAAGAAGUCAAAUGUCCUUUGUCAGUGUCCUUUGGCAAGUUUCAUGAAUAUUGUAUUCUGUUCUCUUGUCUGUUGGGUUAUUUUAGAUCAGAUUAUAUGGCAGGAAACUUGCUGAAAGUUUUGUCUCCUGGUCUGAAUACUUUGAAAGGUCGCUGAGAUCAGUCUUUAAAUCUUUGCAUCUCAUGGAAGAUCUUCAAGACCUCAGAAAUGGGCCUGUUGAGUCCUGAAAGCGUAUCUCUUGUGUCCUGUUUGUGAAAUGCUUCCUGCUAUAGAAAUAGCUCAAAGGACUGUACAUAUUUACAAGAAAAUUUAUAUUCGUAACAAAAAGGGAAUUGAAUUGGUUUCUACUUUUUUAUUGUAAACUGUGUGUUUUUCAACACUGGCUUUUUUGUUUUAAUGGUGGUUGUGGACAGCCAUCUUCAGACACCGGAGGGGCCUCAGCUUAAUCCUCCUAGCUCCCAUGAAGAAAUAAUUGUAACGUUAAAUUGCAACUGAAGCUUGUUAGCAUAAAUGAGAUUUUAGGUAUCUAAAAGUACAGGAAUUUUCUUCAUUACCUUUUUAUUAUUGAUAAGGGAGGGAAUUAGAGGGACAGUUCAAAGCUCCACCUGGAAAGUAUUGAACUUUGUUGUUGAACAAUAACCAAAUAAAACAAAUAACUAUCUUGA